AUGUUUGGACGCAUUGGUGGCCAGGCUUUUCGGUGUACCGUGCGCAGGCCCAUUGCGCGGAGGAAACUCUGUGAGCGCAAAUUCUCGGCGUAUACAGCGAGCGCCGCUCCCAGCACCACUGGCGCUUCGACAGUCUCUCCUCUGGGGAGUAUUACGGCGGAGCUGGAUCGGAUUGCGCCAUGCUUCGAGGUUCCGGCUUCUAGGAUCACCAUCCUGGAUUCUCCAACCUCUUUCUACAAAACGCUCAAGGAUAAAAUACUGAAAGCCAAGCGACGCAUCUAUCUCUCCACAUUGUAUAUAGGCAAGACGGAAUAUGAACUUAUUCAGACCUUGGACCAGGCUCUACGUGACAAUCCCGACCUUAAAGUAUCCAUCCUGACGGACUGCCUGCGAGGCACGCGCGAAACACCCAAUCCCUCAUGUGCCUCAUUGCUUUCUUCGCUGGUCGCGGAAUAUGGUGCGGACCGAGUAGAAAUCCGCAUGUUUCAUACUCCGAACCUCACAGGCCUGAGGAAAAAAUGGAUUCCCCGUAGAAUCAACGAAGGCUGGGGUCUUCAGCAUAUGAAGCUGUACGGUAUCGACGAUGAGAUUAUUCUUUCGGGAGCGAACCUGUCCAGCGAUUAUUUCACCAACCGUUUGGAUCGGUAUCAUGUCUUCAAAUCGAAAGAGCUCGCCGAUUACUAUGCUCGCAUUCACUACGGAGUCUGCAACCUCAGUUUCCAGGUCUUGCCCGACCCUCACAAUCCAUCCGGCUACCUUUUGGAUUGGCCCAUAGCCAACGGUGCCCCUUCUCCUCUCGACAAUCCCGAAGACUUUAUCAGCUAUUCUUCAACAGUCUUGAGUCCGCUCAUCCAGCCCUCCAACAAGCUCGCCCUCCAAGAGAAGAAACCGGGCCAAACAUUCGUCUACCCCGUGGCCCAGUUCACCUCGUUGAUGAAACCGGACACCUCAACCGAGUUUCCCGCCGUCACCACCAUCCUGCGAUUACUCUCUACCUCCUCCGCUUUCGAAGGGGCCCGCUGGCUUUUCACGGCCGGCUACUUCAACAUCCACCCUGUCCUUUCUUCCCUUCUGAUCGCAAGCACCUCCACUUCCGAAACCUCGUCGACCACCCGUGGCACCGUUCUGACGGCCUCGCCUUGGGCCAACGGCUUCUAUGGCUCCUCCGGCAUCUCGGGCAUGCUUCCGGCCGCCUACACCCAUCUCUCGGCCCGGUUCCUGGACCGAGUCGCCGCGGCGCAGAGGACGAAUUCCAUCCAGCUCAAAGAAUGGCGCCGCGGAACCGUCGGCGAGCCGGACGGCUGGACCUAUCACGCCAAGGGGCUGUGGAUCACCCUUCCGAAGGAAGAGCAUCCGAGUCUCACCUUCGUGGGUAGCAGCAACUACACCAAGCGCAGCUAUAGUCUCGACCUGGAGGUCGGCGCCUUAGUCGUCACGGGAGACCAGGAGUUAAAGCGACAACUCGGCGCGGAGACUGAACGGCUGCAGAAGGACUCUCAACCCAUUUCCCGCGAUGAUCUGAGGGAUGUGGAACGUCGAGUCAGCUGGAAGGUUCGUCUGUCGAUGUGGAUUGUUGAGAAGGUGGGAGGCGCUUUCUAG